AUGAAGCUAGUCAAGCCAGAUUGGAUCGAACAUGAAGGCGGUGCUAUCUACUCACUUGAUAUUCAUCCAGAUGGUUCGCGCCUUGCUACUGGAGGUGCAGGUAAAGGCUGCGGAGAGAUUUGCAUUUGGAAUAUGACCCCACUAAGAAUGGAAGAGGAGGAGAAGAAUGAAGCGUGCGAUAGAUUGUUGUGUAAGAUGACAAAUCACUCAGAUAGUGUAAAUUGCGUUCGAUGGUCAGCUAGUGGUAACUAUCUAGCGUCCUGUAGCCUUGGUAUUGUGAUAAUUUGGCAUAAAAGCAGUGUUGAAUCUAGUACUAUAUUUGGUGGAGGCAGGAAUAUUGAGAAUUGGACGUGCUCUCAUAUGUUGCAUUCACAUAAAGAAGAUGUUCUUGACUUAGCUUGGAAUACAGACGAUUCUAUGCUUGCAACUGCAGGAAUUGAUGGGGUGAUUCUUGUUUGGAAUGCUAAGUGCUUCCCAGAAAUUAUAUCAACUAUUACGGAUCAUCAAGGCAGUGUAAAAGGCCUUACUUGGGAUCCUAUAGGAAAAUAUUUAGCAUCUCAGUCGAUUGAUAAAUCCUUACGUGUAUGGAGGACAAUAGACUGGAAACAGGAGGUCGCUAUUACUAAACCAUACUUGAAGUGUAACUUUGUUCUACGUUGUAGCUGGUCACCAGACGGCCAAUGCUUGGUAUCGUCUCAUGCCGAUAAUAACGCUGCUCCGGUAGCUAAGAUUAUCGAGCGACGCGGUUGGAAAGUUGAUAAAGAUUUUGUGGGUCAUGAAAAAGCAGUUUGUGCUGUGAAAUUUAAUCCGACCUUAUUUCAUGAAAAUGUUCCUACAGCAAGUAAAUUUGAUGUAAGCUUUGCUAUUUGUUGUUACUGCGCUCUUGGAAGCCGUGAUUGCUCGAUUUCUGUUUGGUCGACUGCUCUACAGCGACCGGUGGUUGUAGUUAAUAAUCUCUUCGAUAGUACCGUAGCGGAUUUAACCUGGAAUUCAUCCGGUAACGAGUUAUUAGCCUGUUCUUUGGAUGGCUCAGUAGCUUACUUUAGUUUCUCUGAAACGGAAUUGGGAAAAUCUCUAACAGAAAAUGAAAGGGUGAUAAAAUUAAUUGAUUGA